UCUUCUGUCUUCUCCCAGUUCGUUUCGAAAUUUCCUUCCGCGGCGCCGCCGCAAUGGAGCACCCCUAUUUUCCCCAGAAUCUGCUGUUUAGGGUCCCCCCCAUGCAGUCUGCCCGAAGGGAGGCGGAAGACGAAGCCGCGAAGAAAGCAAUGGCGCCGCAGGAGCCGGAAGAAGGCGAGCGCGGCGGCGUCGUGAAGCGGAGGAAGGCCGCCGAGGCCACCGACGUGACCAUGGAGCUCGGCAUCCUCGACUGCCCCGUCUGCUACCACCCCCUGCAGCCUCCGAUUUUCCAGUGUGCUGUGGGGCAUGUCGUAUGCUCAUCUUGUCUUGCCAAGCUCACGGACAGGUGCCACUCCUACUCCAUCACCACAGGCUACAAUCGGUGCCACAUUAUUGAGCAUGUUGUCGACUCCACUAAAGUUUCUUGCUUCUAUGGGGACCUUGGAUGCACUGAAAAGAUAACCUACUACGAGAAAGAAGACAAUGAGAAAGUGUGCCCUCAUGGGCCGUGCUUCUGGCCUGAAACCGACUGCUCCUUCCGCGGAUCAACUGUGAUGCUCCAUGAGCAUUUUGCUUCGGUUCACAAGUGGCAUUGCGUCAGGCUUUCCUACAACAAGGCAUACCGAUUCCGCAUUGCCCAGGGUUCAACUGUCCUCCAGGGUGAAGAUGGGCACCUGUUCUUGGUUAACAUGGUACUGGAGCCCGUUGGGGGUCUCAUCUCACUUUUCAGCGUCCAGCCUAACAUCAAUGAAUCAAAAUACAUGUGCAAACUGGCAAUCUCAUCUCCUGAAUUGAGCUACUAUCAGGUUAGUCAGUUCCAAACGAGAAGCACUAAUCUGUUUGAUGGGCUACCGAAGGAUUGCUUCCUGUUUGUUGUGCCAAAGGUGCUGCUCCGAGAUACCGGUACAAAUGCCACAGCCAGUGUGAGUGUGACACUCACCCACCAUAAGUGUCAUGCACAGGUUACAGCUUAUUGAUGUACGUAUCACUGCCUGUUCAUAGCUGAGAUAUGAUCAGGGGGUAUUUCUGACCAUUUACUACGUCUAGGUCUUGUUAUGUACAAAAAGUGAAGAAGUUGAUUGAAUGUGGAUGCUACAUUGCUACCAAAAAUGAGAAAAGAGACUUGUGUAUGUGUGAUGUCCUUGGAUGUUUUUUUUUUGUCGGAUAUGCCAUGCUUCGUGCUCUGAUCGUCUAGUUGCAUUCAUAGCAAUUUGGUUUCUUUGUUGAACAUUGACUUGAUAUUCUUGUCAAAUGGAACAAUAUGAAUAUUUGUGUGGAUGGUGAAGCUGUCCUCAGU